CUUUAAACAGAGCUAAAUCCAAGCCAGCCAUCCAUUGAUUUCAACAGCUAUGUUAAAUACACAAACAAAAACUGUUAAACAUUGUUUAAUGUUAUGUUUAGCUCGUGAUAAUCCGAUUUGGCCAUGGAUUAUGUUAAAGUAAUAUGCUGCAAGUUGGCAUUGGGGAGACUUUGAAGCUGUGGAAGGGAGUGGUGUGAUGUUUACAAGUCUGCAGAUUUUGCAGUAACCCAGUUAAGUUAGUUGGCUAUACAGUUGUAGUUUGUGGUGCUCCAUUAUGUGUGUUACUUGAAGGACGAAUUUUAAAAAUACACAUGUUUUUAAAUAAAUUCUCAAAAUACAUAUGUUAUAAAAAAAAAUUCCCAAAAUACACAUGUUUGGGCAUCACCGUUGUUGUCAACCGCAGUGAAUGCAUUCAUUGCGGCAGACCAAAGCGGUGGAUGCAUCAUCGCGGUUGACGGCCGCGGUGAAUGCCCGACUUAACACUGAAACUUCAAAUAAACGUAACUUUGCGCUCGGUAUCCGAUUGUAGCGAAUUUUUUUUUAUUCCAUAUUACUUUUCAAGAUCUUUCAAUCUGCAAGAAGGCUUCAUCUAAAAAAAAUGUCGUUUGUUAUCCCGAACGAGCAAUUUUUCGAUUUUGCCAAACUUUGGAAGGACAUAACUUUUAGCUCCUCCAUCCGAACGUCGUAAAGUUUUUUUUGAUUGCGCAUAACUUUUUAAGAACUACAACUUUGGCUAGGAAAUAUUGACGGUGUUAACGGAGGCUGACGGAGAGUGACGAAACGUAAAAUGUUUAACCACUUUCAGUGACUACGAAUGGAUAAAAUACUUUUAAAUGUGAACUUUUUCACACUUUUAAUGACUAACCUUGCAAUUUACCCCAAAAUUUAUUAUCCUAAUUCUGGUUGACCGUUGAAUUAUCGAAGCUCAAAAUCCGGCGGAAACCAUAUUGACAUAUCCUAUCCCUUUCGGCGUUCGUUCUCCGCUGCCACUUCCCGGCGGUUAUUAGCUCGCCGGCCGCCGCCACCUACCAUCCGGCGCUAAAAAACAAGCAAGGUAAUUCUCAAAUUCCACCACUACGCAAAAGUUCUCUGCUUUUUUUUAUCAGUUUCCAUUUCCUGCCUAAUUAAUUCGUUUCCUUUUAAUCAGUGAGACUACAUAAUCGGAGUUCACUCCACUUCGGGACCAAAAACUGAACACGUUGGACUAAACCCUAAAAGCUUCCAGCUUUCCGCCGAUGGCGUCGUCUACUCGCCUCUCCCAGCCGCCGGCUUUCUCCAAAGCCCUGCUUCACCCUCUCGCUCGUGACCCAUUCCCCAAAAUCACUUCUUUGCCACUGAGAUUCAAUCGACAGUUCCCCCGCCACUCCCUUUCUCUUCGCGCGGUCAUUUCCCAAAACCCUGCCAAAACCUCUUCGCCGCAGACCAAUCAGUUUGAGCACUGUUUCAGCAAAUCGUCUGAUGGGUUCCUCCAAUGCGAGAACGUCAAGGUCCAGGAUAUUAUGGAGAGUGUCGAGAGGAGGCCGUUCUAUUUGUACAGCAAGCCUCAGAUUACUCGGAAUGUGGAGGCAUACAAUGAUGCUCUGCAGGGAUUGAAUUCGAUUAUUGGGUAUGCUAUUAAGGCCAACAAUAACUUGAAGAUUUUGGAGCAUUUGAGGUCGUUGGGUUGUGGGGCUGUUCUGGUUAGUGGGAAUGAGCUGAGAUUGGCUCUCAGGGCUGGAUUUGAUCCUACCAAAUGUAUAUUUAAUGGAAAUGGAAAGCUGUUGGACGAUUUGGUCUUGGCUGCUCAAGAAGGUGUCUUUGUGAAUAUAGACAGUGAAUUUGAUUUGGAAAAUAUUGUGGCAGCUUCUAGGAUUGCUGGCAAGAAGGUUAAUGUCUUGCUUCGAAUCAACCCUGACGUGGACCCUCAGGUACAUGCAUAUGUUGCCACUGGGAACAAGAACUCAAAGUUUGGCAUCAGAAAUGAGAAGCUGCAAUGGUUUCUGGAUGCUGUUAAGGCACACCCAGAUGAGCUUAAGCUUGUUGGUGCUCACUGCCAUCUCGGGUCAACAAUUACCAAGGUGGACAUAUUUAGGGAUGCUGCAGUUCUGAUGGUCAACUACAUUGAUGAAAUUCGUGCUCAAGGAUUUGAAGUCGAUUACCUAAAUAUUGGAGGUGGUUUGGGCAUAGAUUACUAUCACUCUGGCGCUGUCCUGCCCAAGCCGAUGAAUCUCAUUGACACUGUUCGCGAAUUGGUGCUGUCAAGGAAUCUCAAUCUCAUAAUUGAACCAGGCAGAUCCCUCAUUGCCAACACCUGUUGCUUGGUAAAUAGGGUAACAGGCGUCAAGACAAAUGGAACCAAGAAUUUCGUUGUGAUAGAUGGCAGCAUGGCGGAGCUCAUCCGUCCUAGUCUCUAUGAUGCUUAUCAGCACAUCGAGCUAGUGUCUCCUCCACCACCUAAUGCAGAGGUGUCAACCUUUGAUGUCGUCGGUCCAGUGUGUGAGUCGGCUGAUUUUCUUGGGAAGGAGAGGGAACUUCCUACACCAGCCAAGGGAGCCGGGCUGGUUGUUCAUGAUGCGGGAGCUUAUUGCAUGAGCAUGGCAUCAACUUAUAAUCUCAAGAUGCGGCCUCCAGAAUACUGGGUGGAGGAAGAUGGAUCAGUAGCCAAGAUCCGACACUCAGAGACAUUCGAAGACCAUAUGCGAUUCUUCGAUGGCCUGUAAUCUGGAUCAAGCUUCAUGUUAUCAUGGAAAUGGACCUAUGAGAUAUGUAUUCGUCACUUGUAACCUUCACAUUACCUAGAACAAUUGCAGGUUUUGUGGUGUAAACCAUUUGUGUGUUCAUUUGGUCUCUGAACCCAUCUGGGGCAGAAAUAAAAAGGCAAUGCUCUGCAUUAGUACUUGCAUUUCAGACCUGCUUCCCUGCAAAACCCAAGAAUUUGAUCACUUGGUUAUCCCUGCGGUUUUGCUAGAGGAUCAGCCAUUGCUAAACCCGUAAACGGUAAACUCCAAGUAAAGGUCGAACUUUGGGGUCAACAGCACAUCAUGUAUGAAACAAAUUAACCAGCCUUAGUUUGUCUUGGUAAACAUUAUUCUUGGGCAACUUGCUAGAAUAUGUCCUACGAGAGACAUCGGCCAGAGAAGCACAUCAAAGAACAUGAAAUCUGUACCACAGACUCCAUUCCUUCCUUCACAUGCCAAUUUAGCAGGAGGCAGGCUCCAUUGCGUAUCGAAAGCUGAAAAGGAAAAUGUUCGAAACUACAAAUGAAGCACAGCUCCAAAGAACCCUUUGCUCACCAGCCAAUGCCCUGGCUUCUUUUUGGAGGGUUCAUCUCUGCCUUAGCUUUUGAUGACUGGUCAGUCUCACUGGCUAACUGGCUCUCUGCCUCAGGCGACACUGCUGAUUCAGGAAUCAGAUUGAGAUUAGGCACCAGGUUGAACGAACGAGAGCUCUUUUCCUUACACUGCAUGGAUUGGAUUGCUCUCACUCAUUCACUCCAAAAGUAUCACUCUUUCCCACUUUCUUGCUUUUUUUGGUCCCCUGCUGUUUGUGUCUGCAAUUUUUCUGAACCCUUUUGGCCAAUGAAUCUCGGAAUCUUUGAAUAAUGGGGUUUGUUUCCUCUUUUCCCCUGUUUCCCCUGUUAUCUCUUUUCUUUUACUUUGUGGAGCAGAAUGUGAAUACAAAUCCACCACCACAUCAUGCCAUAUCUUUUUAUCCCAUCUAGAUGAGAAUAUCAGAGUCAUCAUGCCAAGUUCUGUCCUUUGGAAUCCGAAUUUCACCCUCAUCAACAGCCAGCAUAUUUCAAAUUCUCAUUCUCCAGUGAAGUUUCUCCCACUUCUACAACUCCUUAUUGGGUUCAUCUAAUCCAUUUUUGCUAGGAACCCUUUUCGCAGAAGUUACGGUAAAUCACGAUCACUAGAAUGGUAAGCUAUUAGCUAUGUCAUGGCAGUAGACGAAUCGAAAUUUGAAACAGACGAGAUGGUCUGGCAUAAGUGAGAUUCUUCAUAAACUGAGAUCUAAAUC